AUGAAGAAUACAAGUCUCUCCCGAUCUCUCAAAAUAAUUAUAACCUUAAUACGCGAUUACAACGUCAUCAUAACCUGUUUAUCCAAUAUAGGAACUAACCCUACCGCAACCGUCGCGACCUCUAUAAUAAACACGUUCCAAUCAAUCAGGUUCGGGCUUAUGGUGGGGAUUAGCGGCGAAAUCCCUUCAAAAAUCAAUUUAGGUAAUAUAGUAGAUAUAGGGAAGCUGGAACGGGAUAGGCGGUUUGUUCGCACGGAUUUGUUAAACCAACCCCCGAACGCGCUACUCAAUACGUUGAACUAG